AUGGGAUGCAUUGAUGAUAUUAAGGACAACGUGUCCAAGGCGGUGUUCAGUCCUUCUACUCUGUUAACAGGGCGAGGCGGGCUGCACAUGGCUCAGAUCAUCCUGUCUGUGGUCACAUUUGUCCUGGCUGCCUUCAGAGGAGGGAGCAGCCAUACCUACUGGAACUACGCCAUGUUCACCUGGGCUUUCUGUCCCAUCAUGACCCUCAUCAUCACCAUCAUUGAGAUGUUCAAGCUUGAUAUCGUACUCAAUUUGUUUUGCAUGAACUGGUCGGACUUUACUACAGGGAUGGCCAUGUCCUCUACGCUCAUGACUGUCUCUGUCGCUAUCACCUAUGCCAACUUCUACGCCUGCCUGAAGUGCCCGUAUGGCUGGGUAGUGAGUAUAUUUGCCUUCUUGUGUGGCUUGCUCUACACACUUGAAGUGGUGAAGGACAAAUUCAUGGACAAGAAGAAGGGGAGCUACCUGGCCGCUCUGCCUGGAUUCUGGAAGGUCAUGGAGGCCUUCGUGAGCUGCAUGAUUUUUAUCUCACUGACUGGUUACAGAGACAAGCCAGCUCUGAUCCUGUGUGUGGUAGCAUAUAUUAUUCCUUUCCCCAUCCUGCCUUUAAUCAUAGUCACCAACAUCCUCAAGAAACUGAAGACCUGUUUGCCAUUUAACCUGGACAGGUUUGUGUUUAUAUUCCUGGUGAUCUCUGUUGUUCUGUAUAUAUUUGCUGCUAUUGUGUGGCCCAUUUUUAUGUUCAGGAACAACCCUCGACCCAGUGACUGUCCACCCAGCUUCUGUAUCUGGGCCAUACAGUUUAUGGUUGCAUUUAUGACCUAUGUGAAUCUCAUUCUUUUCACUCUGGAUCUCAUCUUUACCCUGCUCGGUAUCUGUGGCUUUAAACGCACAUAG